CUUUUUUUCUAUAUUCUAAAAAAAAAAAAAAUUUAGCACCUAAGAAAUUAGAAUUGAGCAUAAAUUAAAAUAUAAAAAUCUUUUGGAUGUGUAGAAGUUGAAAAAUAAAUUCUUGACGUAUCCAAUGUAGUCAGUCGCUCGCGAGCCAAGAUCCACAACGGUUCUCGAAUAUGAUACUCUGCGUUAAUAAAAAAAAUGCACGUGUAUUUAAAUGAAAAUAAAAAUUCUUCCUAAAUUUUAAACUAGCAAAAAGUGAAAUGAAAAAAUUGUGAUCACAAGUUUAAAUAAAGUGUUCAAAAAAAUUAUUUUUUUUUAAUUUAAAAGUUACAGUUUUAAAGAAAGAAAAAUGUUAAAUAAUUUUUUUCAAGUGCCUUUUAAUUAAAGUGCCCUUAAAAAAGUAUCGAGAAAUUAGGGAAAAAAAUAUUUAUAUUGUAAUUUAGUAUAUAGAAAGUCGACAUACAAAUGCGUGUAAUAUGACGUCCAAUGCGAUUAGGGGCAUUCGAAGGAAGAAGAGUUCGUUAUGUGAGGUCAAAGUGGCUGUAAUUGGAGCCCCAGGAGUUGGAAAAAGUGCCCUGACCGUGAGAUUUUUGACGAGGCGAUACAUCGGAGAAUACGAUCAUCAGUCGGAAAACAGAUAUAAACACGAAGUUUUGGUCGAUGGAGAGCCAAUUCUUUUUGAAAUAUUGGACACGUGUCCUAAGCAGAGCGAGGAAGAACUACCGACAAUUGAUACAUUACAAUGGGCAGAUGGAUUGCUUUUAGUUUAUUCAAUAACUGAUAGAGGAUCAUUUAAUUUUGUUCGAAAAGCUAAAGAAGCAUUAGCUGUUGCUGAUCCGGAAGCUACAAUGCCACUUGCAUUGGUUGGAAAUAAAGCUGACAUGGUUCAUCUUCGUCAAGUGAGCGCCGAAGAGGGGGAAAUUUUAGCUAAGGACUUUGAAUGUUGUUUUAGUGAAGUAACAGCAGCUGAACAGGUUGUACAAGUGGCGGAAUCAUUUCACGAAUUAUGUCGCGAAGUUUUGGCCGCAAGAAGAAGAAAUAAACAAUCUUUACUUGAUAGAAUGCUUGGAAGUAAAGCAACAAAGACCUAUUCACGAGGCAAAAGUGACUCUUCAUUGCCCAAGGAUUAAUUUAAUUAUGAUUCAAAGAAUUAAGAUUUGAUAAAUCAAGAAUUUUUUUUCUUUUUUUUUCCACGAGUACCAUAAGUGCCAAAGAUAUUGUAAGAUAAAAAUAAUCAUAUCAUAACGUUCCGAAUACUGAAAAUUGUCAAACAAUGGAAAGUAAUUUUUAAUCAUUAACUAGUUAUUUAGGAUUAAAAAAAAGCCUACAGUUAGUUUAAAAAAUGAUAAAAUAUUUUUUUUAUUUAAUCGAUUUUGAUUAAAAGAUUUUUAAAUAUUCAUAAAUAAAUUUAAUUAAUUAAA